GUGCUCCAGAAGCCUCGCGAGGCUUGAGGCGACAUUCUUCCUGAGGACGGCACCGGCGUCGGACAGUGGGGUCCGGGUGCCCGGGCGAGGGGCGGAGCUGGGAGAUGGUGUCCGGAGCAGCUCGCUGGCUACCACUGGUACCCGUCCGAUUCUGGGCUCUCCGGAGCGGGCCAAGCUUGAGGAAAGGUGGCAAUGACGGCGGCUCAGGUCAGAGCCUAGUGCCGUCGCGGUCAGUCAUCGCUACGCGCAGCGGCGCCAUUUUGCCCAAACCGGUGAAAAUGUCCUUCGGCCUUCUCCGCGUAUUCUCCAUUGUGAUCCCCUUUCUCUAUGUUGGGACGCUCAUCAGCAAGAACUUUGCCGCUCUACUUGAGGAACAUGACAUUUUUGUCCCAGAGGACGAUGAUGAUGAUGACUAACAGGGCCUGGAGGAAGUUCAGAAUGGAGAAGGUGCUAACUUAAGGCAUGGUGAUGCUCUCAGCCUCUUCCUUCCCUGUCAGCAGAAGGGCUCAGGGAAAGCCCUCAGCCUCCCCAGUCCAGUGAAGCCUCCUGCAUGGUCCGUGACAAUAGCCCAGAUCCCCAGGCUCCGGGAGGUUCCCCAAGAUGUGCUGUCCACUGAGCACUGGAAUACAAGCUACCGAAUAUGAAUAAACAUAAUAAACAUCA